AAUGGGUGCGGAGUGAGGCCAUCUUUCCAUCUCUGUCUUUACCUCUGUCUGUCUCCUUUCGUCUGUGUCUCUAUCUAUAUUUGUCUUUCUACCUACCUAUUUCUUUUUGUCUGCAGAUCUAUAUCUCUGUGCCUCUCUGUCUGUCUAUAUUUAUAUGCCUACAUUUAUCUAUCUUUAUUUCUCUACCGGUCUGUCUAUGUGAAUCUGUGCGUACGUAGUGGAACAACGCUACGCGUUUUUAUCAGAUUUUUUUGAGUGAUUGGUGACAAGGGUUCACUCGGUUUACUUCCGGCGUCUCUGAAGAAACAGAUGAGAACAUCGAAACGUUUCUUUCGUCUUGUUUUUUUUUCCUUCGUUUUUUUGACUGUUCGUCUGGCUCUGACGCCUCGCUUCUUUCUCUCACUUGGGUGGUGUUGGCCGCCUCUUUUCUGUGGCUUUUUGUCUCUUCUGUGAAAGUGCUUCGGCACCAGCAUGAGAAAAUGGUGACACAAUCAGCUCUCAGGGUCCGCGGGGCCUCCGCCGAGACGCUUCCUGCCUUCCGCUUCUCCCCGCGCUUCUCCCCGCGCUUCGCCUCCUCUCUCCCUUGGAGAAUCUCCCACUGGCGACCAGCCCGGCAGAUCUUCAAGCCUCUCGCAGUCAGACCGACCUGCCUGUCCUCUCCCUGUCCUCGCCUGCCGCUUCCCGCGCCUCUCCGUUCUUUCUCGUCCACGACUUCUUCUCCUUCUCCCCCCUGUUCUUCAUCUGCCCCCCCCUCGUCUGUUUCUCCUCCUGCUCUCCCGCCUCUGUCUCCUGCUUCUCCGGCGCCGGCUUCGCUGCCUGCAUGUUCGGCUCCGCUGCCAUUUAUCGCGCAUGGGCGCUCGAUGCCGGGCCAGAGGCUGCUCCCGUGUUCGCCGGAAGACGUCGCGGUUCUGUCUGCGUCUUCGCUGCGCUUCCCAAAUCCGCAGGAGGUCGAGGGAGGCGUCAUCGUUCGCCUCGUCCGGCGCAGCGACCCUGUCACGAGCCCUGUGCUUCGCUCGGUUCGCAACCGGCAGUACGGCAUCCGCGGGAGCGAACGCUGGUGGCUGCUUGGGUCCGGCGCUCUCGCCUCGGCCUGCCUCCUCGCUCUCGGCUUUUGGCAACUCGCCCGCAUGCAGUGGAAGCACCAGCUGAUCGAGUACCGGCGCGCGCAGAUGCGCAAGCCUGCCGUCUGGGUCACUCGGGGGCCGUUCCCCUGGACCGUCUCCAGCGAGGACCACAGAUGCACAGGAGACGGAUCCUCCGACUCCACGCAGGAGAGACCGGAGACGCGGAAGGAAGGCGCGAGAGCGGAGGCCAGGAGGUGCGACGCAGAAGCCAAAAACCUGUCUCCGCUACCUUCCACGAACUCCGACUCUUCCUCCCCGGCGCAUUCUCCUUCUUCUCCUCCUUCUUCUUCUUGUUCUUCUUCGUCUUCUGUUGCGGUUGUGGAGAAGAGUUCGUUCGAGAGAGAAGAGGAGUUGAGGGCAGCAUGGGCGUAUCGCCCGGUGAUCGCUCGAGGUGUGUUGGACAGUUCGACGGAGCUGCGGGUGGGUCCGCGACCCGGUUUGGAGCCUGGCACCACGGGGUACUUGCUGGUGUCUCCGCUGCGUUUGGAAGACGGCAACGUUCUCCUCGUGAACAAAGGACAUCUGCAGACGGAGGACGCGAAACUGCCGCCGUUCAGACGCCCCGAGACCCGCAGAGAAGGCGCCUGGCGAACGCGGGAGGUGAACCUCGCGCAAGGGCGGUCGGCGCUCGCCGACGCAUGCAGCGGAUCCACGCCGGGCGGUGGCUGGGAGGCCUCGGCGGCUGCGCGCGACGCGUUCGCGCGAGACAGCGGCUGUUCUCUCGACGCGAAGACGCGCGACGAACCCCCAGGCUGGGUGACUGUGCGCGGCAUUCUGGAGCCUGGUGAAAUUCCGAGCUCAACCUGCCAGUGUCUCCUGGCCGGAAACAGACCGAAGGACGCACAGUUCAUCUUCCUCGUUCCUGCGGACUUGGUGGAGGGGCUGCGACCGGGCACUGUCCCUCACAAAGCUGCGACCGGCGCAAUGAUCCUCAACGCCUACGACAUCGUCUACGACGAAGAUGUGCGAGCAGCGAAGCGCUCGCGAGAAAGGAAAGAAGGCGAAGUCGGCGCAGACGCGGGAGAGAGCCGCGACCGGCGAGCAGAGCAACGGAGCCAGGGGCUUGGAGCCAAGGGCGAAGAGGAGGACGGCUCGCGCGGAGAGAAAGACGUUCCGGCGAAGGAGGAGAGGGAAGCAUCUCGGGAGCGAAUGUCAACUCUUGCGUCGCUGCCGAGGUCACUCGCCGCAGAGUUGGGCGCAGAAGACCCUUCUUCCUUUGCGGCUCUUCUGGGCCUGGCUGAGAUCCCAAAAAGAUUCGCAAAGUACCAGCAGAAAAGGAAAGACGACUACUUGCUCUUCUGGGCCGACGAACACACACACUUCAACUACGCCUGCCAGUGGUUCGUCAUGGCUCUGUGCACCGCCAGCAUGACCCUCUACAAAUUCGUCCAAGUGUCUCGGUGGCGCUGGUAGAAACGGAACAGAAAAAGCGGAGAAGAGUUCCGAGAAAAGAGGGAGAAGCAGGAAAGGAGAGUCAAGCACACACGAAGGAACUCUUCUCUGCACUGUGAUGGCUCGACGAACUCUUUCUGGCUGACAGACGCUGUCUGCGCUCCUUUGGUCUCCGCGAGCGCAGGUACACUGUCGGCCUCGCUUCCGUCGGAGUCACGCGAAUGGGAGGAAGCAACGAAACGCCAUGUCGGUCGGGGAGAACGCGUUUCUUUUUCGAGGUGCCAUAUGUUUUUCUCGGGGUUUCUGUACUUCCCGCUUCUCGUCCUUUUUGUGUGGAGGCGCCUGUGAGGAGCGUCCCCUUCGAACCGCAUGCAGUCCGCCGCGAAAUGUUCCUGCGUGUGUGUACACCUGUGAGGCCUGCGAAGCCCCACAAAGACUUCGCAGCGCCCUCUCGCUGCAGUCGCUUCUUUCGGGAGCUCUUCGUUUUCCGAGGUGACUCCGGAAAACACUGGGCAGACUUGGAUGUAGCUCAGCAACAGGUCCGGCGUGGAGACAGAUAGUUUCACUCUCUUCUGUUUUGACUCGCUGCGGG